AUGCAUCGAAUAUUAGAAUUUUAUUCAGGCAUUGGUGGAAUGCAUUAUGCUUUCCAACUAUCAAACAACUCUGGCGAAUUCCUCGCAGCAUUCGAUGUAAACACAACAGCAAAUUCGGUAUACAAACAUAAUCUCGAAAAAGAAAAGAAAAAAUCAAUUAGAAGUAUAGAAUCAUUACCAAUAAGUUAUUAUGAUUCGUUUAAUGCCAAUAUAUGGCUAAUGUCUCCACCAUGUCAACCGUAUACUAGAAUGGGAUUACAUCAAGGUUCAUCUGAUCCACGAGCAAAAUCUUUUCUAUAUUUAAUUGAUAUGUUAUCAAAAAUGUCUUUUCCUCCCACUUACAUUUUAAUUGAAAAUGUCAAAGGAUUCGAAGAAUCUGAUACUAGAAAUACACUUGUAACUCAAUUAAAAAAUUGUAACUAUAACUUUCAAGAAUUUUUUAUUACACCGCUACAAUUAGGCAUUCCAAAUUCAAGGUUAAGAUACUACUUGCUGGUAAAUAUAAACAUAAUACGUAUAUAUUCAGAUUCAUUACUCUCAAAGAUAAAUAUUAGACCUAUUAGUGAUUUUCUACAAGAUGAUGUUGAUUAUGAGAAAUAUUCUAUUCCCAAUAAGACCUUGACAAAAUAUGGAAAAUUGUUUGAUAUAGUAAAACCAUCUUCGCGCCGUAGUUGUUGCUUUACCAAAGGUUAUCAUCAUUAUGUGGAAGCAACGGGUUCAAUCUUACAAUUGGACGAAUUUUUAGAUUCAGAUCAAAUCUUCAACAAUAAUCAAAUAAAUUCAUCAAUUUCGGAAAAUACUAUCAAUUUAAUUUUAAGAUUAAAAUUAAGAUAUUUUACUGAAAGAGAAGUUGCUUCAAUUAUGGGAUUUCCGAAGGAUUUUUCAUUCCCUGAAGAAGUUACCUUAAAACAAAGAUAUCGUGUUUUAGGAAACAGCCUUAGUGUUAGAGUUGUUGCUGAAUUAAUAAAAUAUUUAUUGUUAGAUUAA